AUGCCUCGUCCUAUUGUUAUUUCAGGUCCAAGUGGUACUGGUAAGUCUACUUUGUUGAAAAAGUUAUUUGCAGAAUAUCCUACAUCUUUCGGGUUCUCUGUUUCUUCUACCACUAGAGGCCCAAGACCAGGUGAAGUCAAUGGUAAGGAUUACAAUUUUGUCAAGGUCGAUGAUUUCCAAGGUAUGAUCGAUUCAGGUGAUAAGUUCAUUGAAUGGGCUCAAUUUUCUGGUAACUAUUACGGUACUACAGUUGAAUCUGUCCAUAAGGUCAUUGAUUCUGGUAAGACUUGUAUCUUGGAUAUUGAUAUGCAAGGUGUUAAAGCUGUCAAGAGCAAGCCUCAGUUGAAUGCUAGAUUUUUAUUCGUUGCUCCUCCUUCAAUGGAUGAUUUGAAGACUAGAUUGGUAGGUAGAGGUACUGAGACUGAGGAAUCCAUUAGCAAGAGAUUGGCUGCUGCUGACGCUGAAAUGGCUUAUGCCGCUAGUGGUGCUCACGAUAAAAUUAUUGUCAAUGAUGAUUUGGACAAAGCUUACAGAGAAUUGAAAGAAUUCGUUUUCCAACACUAA